GCCAUCAGGAAGGCGCUCCUCAUUCAUUCCGUCUCCUCGUGCUGAUUUCAUCCAAUGAAAACACAGAGACAUAUCACCAACCCCUUAUCCCAUCCAGAUAUUCCUCUGAUCUGAUACUGUCGGACAAAUACUGUACCUCAACCGACCGGACCGUUUGGACACAUUUGGGAACCGUGAUUUGGAAACAACUAGCAAAAAAGCAUUUUCCGCCAAAGAUUUGGAUAUAGACAGCUUUUAUAUUUCAUGCGGAUGUCUUUUUAUUUUCUUUUAGAGUCAUUUGGGAUUUAACCUGGAAAAAUAAACUUUGAAUAAUAAAACACUUCAGUGUUUUUAAAACUUUUGACAUUGUUUUUUUAUUACUUUUUCGCGUUUAGUCACUAAUAGAUAAUAGAUUCUCAAACAUGCGAGAGUUUGAUGGAGGUGGACGCGCGUCGGUGGAGCUCGAGGACAGGCGCGCGCGUACCGGAUUUCUAACGCACCAUCAACGGACCGGCACCGCUCACAGGAAUUACCUUCCGUUUAUCUUACUGCUGCUCAUGUUCAGUCCCAGUGUAGACUCAUCCUGGUGGUAUAUUGGUGCGUUGGGUGCUCGGGUCAUAUGUGACAACAUUCCAGGUCUGGUAAACAAGCAGAGACAGCUGUGCCAGAGACACCCAGACCUCAUGCAGUCCAUCGGAGAGGGAGCCAAAGAGUGGCUCCGGGAAUGCCAGCACCAGUUCCGACAUCAUCGCUGGAAUUGCAGCACGCUGGAGCGAGACCACACUGUGUUUGGCCGCGUCAUGCUGCGCAGUAGCCGGGAAGCAGCAUUCGUUUAUGCCAUUUCCUCUGCGGGCGUCGUCUACGCCAUUACAAGAGCGUGCAGUCAAGGCGAGCUUAAAAUCUGCAGCUGCGACACCCAUAGGAGAGGCCGGGCGAGCGACCAGGAGGGCGACUUCGACUGGGGCGGCUGCAGUGACAAUAUCAACUAUGGUAUCAAGUUUGCCAAAGCGUUUGUGGAUGCCAGGGAGAGGAUGGUGAAAGAUGCCAGAGCGCUCAUGAAUCUGCACAAUAACCGCUGCGGCAGAAUGGCGGUCAAGCGGUUUAUGAAGACGGAGUGUAAGUGUCAUGGAGUCAGCGGAUCGUGCGCUCUCAGGACGUGCUGGCUGGCCAUGUCAGAUUUCCGGAGAACGGGUGACUACCUGAGAAAGAAAUACAACACGGCCGUGGAGGUCACGAUGAACCAGCAUGGUACAGACCUAAUGGUUGCUGGACGAUAUUUUAAAGGAACUACCAAAAAUGAUCUAGUAUACGUUGAGAACUCGCCCGACUAUUGCCUAAUGGACCGAUCGGCAGGGUCUCUGGGUACAGCGGGACGUGUGUGCAACAAGUCAUCCAGGGGCAUGGACGGCUGUGAGGUCAUGUGCUGUGGGCGUGGCUACGACACCACCCGCGUAAAACGCGUGACCAAAUGCGAGUGCAAGUUCAAAUGGUGCUGCGCCGUUGAAUGCGUGGACUGCGAGGAAACCGUGGACGUUCAUACCUGUAAACCACACAAGAAACCCGAUUGGCUCGAUUUGACCUAACUGCCGUAACCACGACCAAUCAGCAGCCUCUGGUGCUUUUUCUUCUCAGGUGUGGGCCACUGCAUUGUGCGAUACAACUAUAACGCUCUGAUCUCCACUCGCGGAACCUUCAAUGAUGUAAGCAGGGAGAAAGCAACUCUCGUAGGACAGUCGGGAGCUCUGGUGAUCUGGACACAAGCGUUUUACUGUUUUUAAAUGGUAAAGCACCUUUAUGUGUGCCUUUCAACAUAUGUUUCUGGGCAACUUAGGAGAAAGAACAGUGACGCACACCAUCGGACUUCCAGCUUUACAAAGAAUAUAGCAAUGCGUUGUAUUUCAGGCCAAGAACAAUUCCAUCAAAGUGGUCCAAAAUUACAAUGAUAAUAAUGAUAACUUUCCCUUCAUUUAUUUUUCGGACCAUCAUUUUUGAUACAAAAUUCGUGCAGAAAAGAAAGAUCGUCAAUUUAUGACAUCCCACUGUUUUUGUAUAGUUGAGAAAUCUCAAUACCCAAUACCCAUAUUUUGCUUUAAUACCCAAGCGUUUAAACAUCCCUUUAAAUAUGAGCACUUUUGUUUGGUUUGGUGAGUUUGACAACUUGCCUAUGAUUUUUGAAAGUUUUUCAUUGAAAUAUAAUGUUUAUUAAAUAAAGA